GCACAGUGUCUCUUCCCCUAGAGCUAGCCGCGCCGCGCCUGAAGCUAACUAGUAAAACUAUAGCUUUAAUUUUAAACUUUUACGUAGCAAGAGUAGCUUACUCAGUUUAUUAUUAAAUUAUGAUUAGAUGAUUUCUUAUUAAAAUGUCUCAAAGAGAACGUUUGGAAGCGUUUUUACAACACGAGGAACAUCUUCGGGUGUUGGCUACGAACGGUGAAGAUGGAUUUCUGAAGGAAUUCAUGGCACUCAAGCAGCAGUCUAUGAGGUAUAAGACAGAAAAGACUUACCCUUCUCAGGAAGGGGAACGUGACUGCAACAUACGCAAAAACAGAUACAAAGAUAUAUUGCCAUUUGACUACACUCGUAUUGUACUACCCGAGACAGAAGGUGUUGAAGGAUCAGACUACAUCAAUGCUAACUACAUCAAGGGGAUUGAUGGUAAGAAUGUGUAUAUUGCAGCUCAAGGUCCUUUACCGCACACGGUCGUUGACUUUUGGCGUCUUUUGUGGAAUACAGGGGUGGAGGUGGUUAUCAUGGCCUGUAACGAAUUUGAAAGUGGAAAGCACAAAUGUGAGAAGUACUGGGCUGAUGAAAAUGAAUCAAAAGAAUUUGGAAAUGUUACAGUGAGCUUGAUUAGCCAGUUGAGAGUAACUCAGGAUUUUAUGAUUCGCACACUGAAAGUCAGCAAUCAAGAGCAAGAGAGGGUGCUGAAUCAGUUUCAUUAUACAGCCUGGCCUGACCAUGGUGUGCCUAAGACAGUCCAGCCUAUCAUGGACAUGAUCCAGCUAUUCCGAGAGUAUUUGCCAAAUGAAGACAACCCUGUUGUCAUGCACUGUAGUGCUGGUUGUGGACGCACAGGUACAAUGAUCUGCAUUGAUUAUGUGCGUGCUCUUCUGAAAGCAGAAAAAAUUGGACCGGACUUCUGUCUGUAUGACAUCAUCAUGGAAAUGAGGAGGCAAAGACCUGCCAUUGUUCAGACCAGGGAUCAGUAUGAAUUAGUGCACAGAGCAGUGGCCUGGCUGUUCAGAAAGGCAUUGGGUUUGGCACCCAACCCUCAUGACUAUGGUCAUCUCUAUGAAAAUGUGAAAUUACAGAAUGAGGGACCUAGAAUGCCACCUGGUGCAGGUAAUCUCAGCCCAGAUAUCAGAUCAACACAGCAAAUUAAGUUAAGUCCUAAGCAACGCCGGCAAAAAGAUAAAGAACAGGACCAUGGCCACAACUAUGUCAAUCAUGUCAUUCAAGGAAAGGUAUCUGAACAAAGUCCAUCUCCAACAGCUACUGGGAUGAAGAUCCUGAAGCCCCCAUCAUUACCUACCAAGCAACAACUUGAUACAGAUAGCAGCCAAACAGUGUCUGCUAAUUCCCUAGAGAAGGCAGAGACAGAAGGAAAAAUGGAGGAAGAUGCUUCAUUGAGUCCUGCCCUCACUCCAAAACAAAGCCCCUUGGCCCAAGAGAGAUUUGAGAGUGGUUACAAGAACACAUUAGCUGCCUUCAAGGAAUUUGAGGAACCUCCUUCAAAAGUCAGAUCUACACCUCCAAAAUCAACGGAGCAGGUAAAACCAACUCCCCGUGCAAGACCUGUGCUUCCAAUAUCAUCUUCAAGGUCAUUGGAUCUUGACUCUGACAAGCCAAUUUCUCCUUCCAAACCUCCACUGAGUGAUAAGCCUGCCAUUGGAGAGAAACCAGUCAAAGGUUUGCAAUCAUCACGCCCACUUCUGGCCAUGAAACCAGCUGUUGUGAGGAAGAAAGACACAGGCAGUGGAGGCAGCCCUCAUGGAACAAGCCCAUUCUCUGGACUGAAAAGAAGGCCAACGAGUGAACCAGUCCAAGAUCAUGAGAAGGUGCAGCACUUGGGAACAGCACAGUUCCAACGGGCCAAGAAUGUAGUCAAGGCUACACUGGGAAACAAACCAGACGGAGAUGAUAAUAAGGAAGGGGAAGUCAAAAAAGGCAAGGAAAGGAGAGACUCUAAAGGUAGACCUUCCUCUGCCCCUCCCAAACCACCAGCCGGCAUGAAGCCAGUGAGCAAAUCUGAUGCAAGUAAACACCAAUCUUAUGAAGUAGUGGGUAUUACUUCACCUUUGGGAAAAGAUGUAACUUCUAAUGAGAAGCAAGAAGUUGCCAAAGCGUUUCAGUAUCAGAUCCAGCCAGUAGCAUCAGUUAAACUCCAAUCUCAUAAAGAUAAGGUAGAUGCAAAGUCACCCACCAAAACAGAAUCUUCCUCAAGCCAAAUUCAGCGCAGAAAAACAGUUGACUUAUCUAGACCUCCACAACCUGUUCCCGAUAGUGACAAGUCAGAAUACACAUAUGCAGUCCAACCUGUGAGUGUUAUUGAAAAAUUAAAAGAUGCCCAAUCUAGACCACAACUCAGAACUGGACAAGCUCUUUCAUAUUCAUUAGCCUACAGCGAUCCUGCAGAUGGUGGAAAUCCCAUAGAGCCCAAAAAAUCAUCCAGAAUACUGGAUGAUUAUUCCUAUGCUUCAGAAGUGAUUAUUCCUGUUACAGCAAGUAACAGUAAGGAUAUCACAGACAGGAAGGGCAGCGCACAAUCCAUGGCUUAUGAGGUCAUCCAAGUUGGUGGUCCACCAGGUCGUAGGUCAUCAGAAGGGACAGGUCAAGAUGAAAUGCCUGUAUUUGAUAAAGCCCCAGGGGAGUACAAUGAGCCAAACAUUCUUUCAAGUCGACAUGUGUCUGAACAGAGCUCUUUGGGGCAGAACCGUGAGUCUGUGUUAAGCAGUAGCACCUCCUGGGCUUCCUUCACUGAUGAUGAAUAUGAUGAUUCUGGGAUGGAUGAGCAUCCCCCAUCCAUUCCCAUCAAGACAUCUGCAGCAUAUCAGUACGUUGAUGGCACCGGUGUGGAGGGAGAUGAAUCUGGAGCUGGAUCAAGUUCCAAGCCAAAGUUUGCCCAGUUCCUUGCCAACCAAAGAGACAAGCUUGCAACACAUAAAGAAAAACUUGCUUCGAAUACAAAGGGCAUCCUUACAAAGAUUGGAGAUGCGGUCACCAGGAAUGCACCUGCACCAACCGGCAGCAGAUCCUCUCCUCCCUCAACCUUACGUGGGUCAAGUAGUCCUCAAGCUGGCAUUGCAUCGGACCUCAAUGAAAUUAUAAAAAAAACACUCCGAGAGUAUGAACCAACUUACAAGGAAGAACCAAGCAUGUUCCACAAGUGUGAUAUCAGUUUUCCAAAACGUGUGCCAAAGCCGAAGUCUCCACCCCCACCACCCAGUAGCUGGAUCAAGGCAGACACAAACAAUACCACAGCACCAGUCCAGCUGUAAAACUGGAGAUAGAUCAUGAGAUCUCUCAUGCAAGGAAGGGUUCUAUCUAAAGUGCCUUUUGUAUUGUGCUAUAUUUCAAUUUCAGGUUGUAAGUUCACUCAGUUCAUUCAGCUGUGUGUACAUGUAAAUGUUGGGUGCUGGUAUUUACAAGUUCUAUAGGCCCCUUGCAUCUGUGGGCAGGUCUUGUUCCUCUGUUGUAUGCAUGAGUAGAUGCAUUGUGUCUCUGAAUGACAUGACAAAACCUGCCCUCAGUGAGGGGGCACCAUGCAAGGCGUCUAUUGGAUACUCUUGCAAACUAAUCAAACUAUAUUGGCUACAGUAAUUUGGGUAUAAAUGACUUUUUGUUAUCAAACUACGUCUUAUGUUUGUGACAAUGUGCCCGGUAUGUAAUCAAAUAAUUACAUGGUUCAUGUACAAAAAAGCUGUUUGAUUUUUCUAUUGUAUCCAAGAAAUGUUUUGUUAUCUGUUAUAAAGAAAAACAACAUAAGGUAGAAUAUUUAGAGGUUUUAAAUUGAGAAGUAAUCUUUAACUGUAUUUUGAAAAUGACUUUUUAUAUUUAAGAUAUUUUGGUUGACAUUUUUCAGUGUAUGCAGAAUGAUCUGAGAAUGUAGGUAAAAGCGAUGGAACUUUGACUGGACCAGACACCGUGAGUUUGCUGUUCAUAAUUGUAUGUAAUGUGGAUUCUGCUGGCUCAUUACAUUUGUUAGUAUACUUACUUAACAUUAGCACAUGUACAUUGUACUACAUGUACAUUGCAUAACAUUGCAUUUAUUCCCUAAAGAAUCCAUAAACCAUAGAGUGUGUGGGUGUUUUCGGGCGGUACAGGUUGUAAUGUGUUAAUCAGUUGGCGAUAUUUGCUGAGAUUUAAAUUCCACUGAAUAUAUUUGCAUGUAGUUUUGUAAAAUAUAGCCAGUUUAUAUCAAAGCUUAGACCUAUUUUGUUAAGGUCCAUCCUUGUUCUUAGUAUUUAGUGCCUACACAGAUGACAGACAUAUACUGUGACAGAACAAUUUAUAUAGAUGUAACCCACAAAAUAGAAUUGCAUGUAUCUGGGUAACACCAGAUGUAGUAACAAUUAAUGUAUGACAAUAUGUACUUUCCAUGGAAUUUAAAUAUUUGGGCGGCUUUUUCGGCAUAAAACAGCUAAAGCACCCCCCCCCCCAAUUUGAGAAAUAACGGCAGAAUGUAAAUAUUUUCUAGUGAUAUAAUAUGAACAAAAGAAGCAGAAAUUGUGUUUUUUCUUCUUAUGCAGGUGAACAUUGUUGUAGUGAAUAAAGACUUUUACUAAAUGGACUGCCAUUUAGAAAAAAAACCUGAAGAAUCUGUUAAACAUGGCAUAAGAUAAUGAUAUGUAUGAAUGAAAUAGUAGUAUUCUCUUUUGGUCCAUGUAUUUUACCAUAAGCCUUUUCCAUUUGAAUAAACUGCAGUUUACAAACAUUAUAUGGUUUGAGGGAUGACAGUCAAUAUUAUCUCUGUGAGGUAAUAGAAGUUGUCAAACAAGUUGAUAACCUAGUUCACCCAAAAUAAAUCAUGAUAUUUUUGGUUUACUAUACCUCAUUGGCCGCUGGCCAAGUGAUGGUGAAUUGACCAGUUAGAAUUUGGCUCUCAUGAAUGAAUAUGUUUGAGAUAUAAAAGCUAUGUCUUAGCGGGCUCAUGCUUAUCUGAUGUUGUUACAUGACACUGUGAACAUUUCGAUAUGCCCAUAGAUCAACGCAGGUUAUUCCCAAUGCCAGAACCCAUUUAUAUUGUUAUUUAUUUUUUAAAUAAAACAAGCAUUUGAUUUUAUCUUUCAAGGUACAUGUAGCUCCAGACCUAGCUUAAAUAAACACUUGCCAAAUGUAACUUUGCGGUAUACUCCAUGGUGGCAGUGUAGGCCCACAAGGUUUUUUCAAGUACAAUCAGGUGGGGUUUAAAAAA